AUGAUCCAGCGGUGCCUGAAGAACCGGAUGAGAGAGAGACCGACCAUCCAGCAAGUGAUGGGGUUGCUGGAGGAGGCCAGAGCCGAGGUUGAAGAUGGUGAAUAUGACGUGAACAAACUGUCACUGGCUCAACUGCUGCAGUCCAGAAACCUCAACAUCCAACAACAGGGAAUCCAAAUCGAUCAGCAAAUCCGCCAAAAAGAUGGGGAAAAUCAUGCCCUGAGGGAGCAAAAUGAAGCAACGAAAGAGCAAAAUGAAGCACUGAAAGAACAAAAUGAUGUUCAAAAGGCCCAGAUUGCAUCCCUGGAGGAGCAAGUUCAGGCUCUCCGAGCUGAAAAGACACCGAUCACGUCGCAAAAGACCACACCCACUCCAAAACAAGUCGUGUCAGGAGCCAGUCCAUUCUCUUCC